GAAACCAGCAACAAAGUGUGUUUCAUUUCUGGAGAGAGGGAGGAGGCAGAGGAAAAACCAUAACACGCUCUGGAUGCUUUGUUUCCCAUUUCUGCUGCACAUCAUUCUGGGACUUAAAUAUUUAAGGAUUUAAAACUGAGAUUUCAAAUAUUGGCAUUUUAACCCAGAGCUAAGAAGAAGAGGAGGGACCCAGAAUGGAUCUUGAAGAUGAUCAACAACAGCCGAAGAUCAGGGUUAAUUUAGCAACAAAGUAUCCUGAAGUAGUUUUGUGUGUUGGAAAAAUAUGUUUUGGUGAAAAAGCAAGAAAAAAGAUACCAAAAAAUUCAAAACAAGAUCAAAAAUACACCCUUGCCUGUGCAGUGUGUGCCUUGCUGAACUCUGGAGGAGGUGUCAUAAAAGUAGAGAUUGAAAAUGAAAACUACAAUUUAGAGAGAGAUACAAUCGGAUUAGAUCUAGAAGAGACUUUUCGGUCUCUUCUUUUGUUUCCAGACUGGAGAAAAUACCUGGACUUUGAACAGCGAGAUAAUUACCUUUUCAUUUUUAUUAAAACCUGGAGCAGUGAAAAUUCAUCCUUAACCUCUGCAAGUGGAAAGCCACGUAUCUGUAGCCUGAGUACUGGGCUGCACGCAAAAUGUGGUGCAUCUCUUUCCCACAUGAACUCCACGGAAGCUGUUUUAUUCCUAAAAGGAAAGCAAGAUGAAGCCAGGAGAGAGCUUAGCCUGGGACCACCUGGUAAAAUCAGGAGGAUGGUGGCUAUUAAGGGAAACAUAGGUAUUAUAAAUAACACUGUUGCUGAGUUGUUUAAUAGGGACCAACUGCGACAGGGAGAGACAUUGACUUUCACAGAGUCAGGAGAUGUGGAAUUUAAGCACUAUUCAACUGAAAACUUUUUUACUCGUGUCAAAGAGAUGUUACCUCAAUAUAUUGCUGGAUUUGCAAACACAGCCGGCGGGUAUUUAUGGAUCGGUGUGAGUGAUGGCGGCAGAGUGGAGGGAUUCAGCAGUAAUGACGAGGACCUUGACAGAUUAAGUUUCGUAAUCAAUUCCAUUAAAAAAAAAUUAACCCCCUUCCAUUUCUGCGAGAAUGGAGAUAUGCACAACAUAAGUUAUGAACACAAAAUCUUGAAAGUAUACAGCGAGGCUGGAGAUCACUGUGGUUACGUCUGCGCUAUAAAGAUUCAGCCAUUUACUUGUGUUGUGUUUUCUGAAGACCCGGACUCGUGGCUAGUGGAAGGCAGCACCAUCAGGAGACUGAGAGCAGACGAGUGGGCUGAGUGGAUGACCGCUGCUGAUCCAGAUCUUUCAAAGUUUUCUGAAACCUUUAGGCUAGAGCUGAGUCUGACAGAGGGGUCACCUCUUACCAAGCCUGUUUAUUCACACAAGGGCCUUGACAAUGUUGAUUAUCUUUGUGAGCAGCUGUUUCCAGUGAAAUCUCACAGCAUCAUAUAUACUCCAGAAAAACUCAAUGAAGAUCUCAUCCAAGAGCAUCCAGAGUUGUAUAUUUUAAUGGAAAAUCAAGUGACACAGCUUUCUGAGGGAGUUCUUAUAUUUUCUAGAAGCUGGGCUGUUGAGGUCGGCUUGUCAGAAAACCAAGACAUAAUAUGUGAUGUUCUCCUAAUAGCCACAGGUAGACCACCUAUCCUCUAUACAAUCUGUAAGCGUCAUAUCUCAAAGGAUUUGUUUGAAUAUUCAAGACGCAUAGCCUGGAAGCUGAAGGAGAAAUUAGUCAACACUGGGGGCUAUAUUCACAAAUUGUGUGUAAUACCAAAGCUACUGACUUUGUCUCCCCAAACUAACUGUGGAGAAGAAUGCGAUCUGAAUAUUCAGGAAAUGUAUCCCCAAAACUACGGCCUAAUCAACAGUGUCAACCUGAAGGCCCUCUUGCAUGCUCUCACAGUAGCUCUGCUGACUUUCAAGUCCUUUUUAAGUGACCUCGUUGGUUUUGAGUUUUUGAACCUCUUAACCGUCAAACAAUACCAGCUGCUGUCAGAAAAUCUUCACAAAACUAAGAAGCUGUAUGUUUAUGGUCUACCAGGAACAGGAAAAACUAUAGUGGCCCUGAACAUCAUCCAGAAAAUAAGAACUAUGCUGCAGUGUACACAAGAGGAAGUUCUUUACAUAUGCGAGAACCAGCCUCUGAGAGAUUUUGUGCGGCAGAAAAAUAUUUGCCAAGCUGUGACAAGAGUAGCCUUUUUGAAGACAAGUUUUAGUGGUGUGAAGCACAUCAUAGUUGAUGAAGCACAGAAUUUCCAGGAUGGGGAAGGUGAUUGGUAUAAAAAAGCCUUGACUCUAACUUCAUCAGAACAUCUCCCUGAGCCUGGCUUUUUCUGGAUUUUCUUGGACUACUUACAGAAAAGUCACACCUUCAAAACCGGUCUUCCAGGAGCAGCACAGCACGAUCCUGUUGAGUCACUAACCAAAGUGGUUCGUAAUGCUAACAGGAUCUAUAGCUACCUAAAAGAAAAUAUGGAAAUGAUUGUAAAGGAUUCUACCCUAAAUAUUCCUAGCCAACGUUUGGAAAGCUUAUUACACAGAGCCACGUGUGCUCACACUGUGCAAGGUUGUGUUGAACAAGUAAGCAAACUAGGCACAAAUGGAAUAGCAAAGUAUGUGGUAGAACGUUGUUGUACAUAUCUUAAAAGGGGUUACUCUGAGAAAGAUAUUGCUGUUCUCUGCUACACAGAUGAAAUAGUAGGAAUAUACUCUAAAAGACUAGCAUUAGAAAUUGGGAAGUCAAAGUCAAAUAUAUCAUUUAAAAAAAUGGAUGGAAGUCUAAAGGACCAUGCUAUUCUUGACAGUAUCCGUCGUUUCUCUGGCUUAGAAAGAACCAUUGUGUUUGGUAUUAUUCCUUGUAGCUUUGCAUUUCACAGGGAAAUUUUAAGAAAUAUUUUGGUCUGUGUAGCAUCCAGAGCUAAUUUAAAUCUACACUUGAUAUUUGAGAACUGAGAACAGGUAACCACACAGGAUUCCAACAAGGCUCUAGGAAGUCGAUGGUUAUGUAUGUUUGAAAUCUAUUACUGUAUAUCUGAAGUAGAAGAAUUUCCCUUGUAAUGGCUGGUCCCCUCUAAAAGCCCAGACAUUCUUGGGAAUGUGUUUUAAAUCAAACGCAAGGUUUUAGUACUGCAGAGAAAGGAGUUGAAUGUCAGUAGAAUUACGUCAUUCCUUGAAGGCUCCUUUCAAGGACUUGCAAAACCUGACGCUCAGCUUUUGAGAGCAUGCAGGUGCAUUGCCAAGUGAGAGCCACUGUGGCAGGACAGGAAACUGGAAGACUUUCUGGCCUUCACCAGCUCACUCCCAUACUCACAGUACUGCUCAGAAAAGUUACCAAGCAGCAGAGGCAUUGGGUGUUCGAAGCCAUUCUUUCAAAAGACAGCCUCUAUUCAGCUAUUUAGGAAAGUAAAAACAGGAGUUUCUGUCCAUGUUUUAGCUAGGAAAUACAAAUAAAUGGCUUUUACAGAAGCAGUUUCCCCACUCAAUUUCAGCAACAGACAGUGUAGGUUAGAAGAACGCAGUUGCUCCAAAGAGGAGCAAAGUGGUAGAAGGAAAACUUUGCAUAAAACCACCCUUAGACACCAAUGCCAUUUUUUUGUCUUGAUUUCAGACAUGCUGGUUAGAUAAAAUUCUCUAUACACAGUUAGAUGCAAAAUACUUUUGACAGACAGAUCCAAAAUUCCUAAAACUGGGUAUCCAAAAUUUCAACCAAAGGCUGGCUGAAAACAAACCAUAUUGUUUUCCACCACAGAAUGACCUGUGGUUCAUUUGGUUUGGAAGAACAGUCUGAUAUCCUCCUAGUGCGAUUAUAAAGCACCGGUGAUAUAACCGAAUUGUGGUUACAGUAAGAAGAAGACAUUGUACACAGUUGGAAUCACCCUCCAAAUAAACUCGCCUCUAGAUUGUCAAACCUAUUAGCUUCAAAAUAGAAUUCUUUUUCCUUAAUCAACAUGCAAGGAAAGGCUAUCCGCCUGGUUCCUUUCAUAAUCCCCAGAUCUCAACUUUUAAAUCAUGACCUGAAUGUAAACAGUUUUAAUAAAGUUUAAUGUGAGUGAUGUAGUAUACUUCACAUUUGCUAGUAGCCAUGGUUAAUGAUUAUGCUAGUAGCUAUAGUUACCAUAUAGGAACAAUUGUGAGGUCUUGAAGCUUGGUCAAGCAGGAAGAACAAGGUUCAAUCUCCAAACCCUAGAAAAUAGGUAGAAUGCCCUGCACCAUGAAGAGGAUGCCUGGGGCUAUGUUGAGGAUGAGUUAUUUGACAGCCUGGCAAAGUGACUAUUCGAUUACUUAACUUCUCAAUGAAACUAAAUUUUGAGUGUCCUGAAAGUGAACUACCUUCAUUAUAAUACUAAAAACCACACCCACAGGUCUAAAAGACCCCUGCUCAGUUAAGACCCUUCCUCUGAGCAAGCAUAGUUGUAGAAGCAUUAUGUAAGCUGUAUUAUAAUAAGCUGUAUUAUAAUUGUAUGUUAAUCACUAACUAAACAGUAUCUAAUAGACAUGUUUGGAAAAGUACUAACCUCUGAUUUUUGUGUAUAAAAGAAGCAUGAAAACCUGCUGCUGGCCUGCUUGAUUUGUGGAAAAGUCCACUGAGCACCCAGGCCCGAAUAA